AUGCACGGACCGCCCUCCGGCGACAGCGCAUGCCCAUUGCGCACGAUCAAGAGAGUUCAGUUCGGCAUCAUCAGCCCAGAUGAGCUUAAACGGAUGUCAGUUACAGAAGGGGGAAUCAAAUACCCCGAAACAACAGAAGGAGGACGCCCUAAACUUGGUGGCCUUAUGGAUCCCAGACAAGGAGUCAUAGAGCGAACUGGAAAAUGUCAGACAUGUGCAGGAAGCAUGACAGAAUGUCCAGGCCACUUUGGCCACAUAGAACUGGCAAAGCCAGUUUUCCAUGUCGGCUACAUCACAAAGAUCAUGAAAGUUCUGCGAUGUGUCUGCUUCUUUUGCUCCAAGCUACUAGUGGAUUCGAACAACCCAAAGAUCAAAGACAUACUCGCAAAAUCUAAAGGGCAGCCCAGAAAGCGUUUGACGCAUGUAUACGAGCUUUGUAAAGGAAAAAACAUCUGUGAAGGAGGGGAGGAGAUGGACAACAAAUUUGGAAUGGAACAGCAGGAGACAGAGGAGGACCUUACCAAGGAGAAGGGUCACGGUGGAUGUGGCCGCUACCAGCCACGUAUCCGCCGAUCUGGCUUAGAGCUGUAUGCUGAGUGGAAGCAUGUUAACGAGGAUUCCCAGGAGAAGAAAAUCCUGCUGAGCCCUGAGCGUGUACACGAGAUCUUUAAACGCAUCUCUGAUGAAGAGGACAUCAUCUUAGGCAUGGACCCCAAGUUUGCCCGACCAGAGUGGAUGAUUGUAACAGUGUUGCCUGUGCCUCCACUGGCUGUCAGGCCUGCAGUCGUCAUGCAGGGUUCCGCUCGCAACCAGGAUGAUCUGACCCACAAGUUGGCUGAUGUAGUCAAAAUCAACAAUCAGCUUCGAAGAAACGAGCAGUGUGGUGCAGCAGCUCAUGUCAUAGCCGAGGAUGUGAAGUUACUUCAGUUUCACGUAGCUACCAUGGUGGACAAUGAAUUGCCAGGCCUGCCGAGGGCUAUGCAAAAGUCUGGCCGCCCUCUGAAAUCUCUAAAACAACGUCUAAAGGGGAAGGAGGGGCGAGUCCGGGGUAAUCUUAUGGGUAAACGCGUGGACUUCUCAGCCCGGACUGUCAUUACCCCAGACCCCAACCUGCAAAUCGACCAAGUAGGCGUGCCACGAUCCAUUGCGGCGAACAUGACCUUCCCAGAAAUUGUCACACCCUUCAACAUUGACCGAUUACAAGAGCUUGUUCGAAGAGGCAACAGCCAAUACCCGGGUGCUAAAUACAUUAUUCGUGAUAAUGGAGACAGAAUUGACCUGCGAUUCCAUCCCAAACCAAGUGACCUUCAUCUCCAGAUUGGCUACAAAGUGGAAAGACACAUGUGCGAUGGCGAUAUCGUGAUCUUCAACAGACAGCCUACACUACAUAAAAUGUCCAUGAUGGGGCACCGAGUUCGGAUUCUGCCCUGGUCCACAUUUCGACUCAACCUCAGUGUCACCACCCCAUACAAUGCUGACUUUGACGGUGAUGAGAUGAACCUCCACCUUCCUCAGUCACUUGAAACCAAAGCAGAGAUUCAGGAGUUGGCCAUGGUGCCACGUAUGAUUGUCACACCGCAGUCCAACAGACCCGUCAUGGGAAUUGUACAGGACACCCUCACAGCUGUGCGUAAAUUCACCAAAAGGGACGUCUUCUUAGAACGGGGUGAGGUGAUGAACCUCCUCAUGUUCCUCUCCACAUGGGAUGGCAAAAUGCCUCAACCGGCCAUUCUCAAGCCUCGGCCUCUGUGGACGGGCAAGCAGGUCUUCAGCCUCAUCAUUCCCGGACACAUCAAUGUCAUCCGUACGCACAGCACCCACCCUGAUGAGGAGGACAGCGGCCCUUACAAACACAUCUCACCUGGAGACACAAAGGUAAUAGUCGAGAAUGGUGAGUUGAUCAUGGGCAUCCUGUGUAAGAAGUCUCUGGGAACUUCAGCUGGCUCCCUUGUCCACAUCUCCUAUUUGGAGAUGGGCCAUGAUGUCACCAGACUUUUCUACUCAAACAUUCAAACUGUGGUCAACAACUGGCUGCUCAUUGAGGGUCAUUCCAUCGGUAUUGGUGACUCCAUCGCUGAUGCUAAGACAUACCUUGACAUCCAGAAUACAAUCAAGAAAGCCAAACAAGAUGUGAUAGAAGUCAUUGAGAAAGCCCACAACAAUGAAUUGGAGCCAACCCCGGGUAACACUCUCAGACAGACCUUUGAGAACCAGGUGAAUCGUAUCCUCAACGAUGCCCGUGACAAAACCGGAUCCUCUGCACAGAAGUCUCUGUCAGAGUACAACAACUUCAAAUCCAUGGUGGUGGCUGGUUCUAAAGGAUCAAAGAUUAACAUCUCACAGGUUAUUGCUGUGGUGGGGCAGCAGAAUGUGGAGGGUAAACGAAUUCCCUUUGGCUUCAAACACCGCACGCUGCCUCAUUUCAUCAAAGAUGAUUAUGGCCCCGAGAGUAGAGGCUUUGUGGAGAACUCGUACCUUGCUGGGCUGACGCCAACAGAGUUCUUCUUCCAUGCCAUGGGAGGAAGAGAGGGACUGAUUGACACUGCUGUCAAAACAGCUGAGACUGGGUACAUCCAGCGUCGUCUGAUCAAGUCCAUGGAGUCGGUUAUGGUGAAGUAUGAUGGCACAGUGCGGAACUCCAUCAACCAGGUGGUGCAGCUGCGUUAUGGAGAGGAUGGCCUGGCUGGGGAGAACGUUGAGUUCCAAAACCUGGCAACAGUCAAGCCUUCACACAAAGCCUUUGAAAAGAAAUUUAAGUUUGACUGUACCAACGAACGAGCACUGAGGCGGACGCUCCAGGAAGAUGUGGUAAAAGAUGUGCUGACUAACGCCCAUGUGCAGAGCGCCUUGGAAAAGGAGUUCGAUAAGAUGAAGGAGGACAGGGAGAUUCUCCGAGCAAUUUUCCCCACCGGGGACAGUAAGGUGGUGCUGCCAUGCAACUUGGCCAGAAUGAUUUGGAAUGCUCAGAAGAUCUUCCGCAUCAACCCUCGAACCCCAACUGACCUCAAUCCACUCAAAGUGAUUGAAGGGGUUCAUGAACUUAGUAAGAAGCUGGUGAUUGUAAAUGGCGAUGACCCACUAAGCAGGCAGGCUCAGGAGAAUGCCACCCUGCUCUUCAACAUCCACCUACGCUCUACACUGUGUUCCAAGCGCAUGACGGAGGAGUUUCGCCUUUCUGCCGAGGCUUUUGACUGGCUGCUUGGAGAGAUCGAGACCAAGUUCAAUCAGUCCAUCGCUCAUCCAGGUGAAAUGGUUGGCGCUCUGGCCGCUCAGUCGCUUGGUGAGCCAGCCACCCAGAUGACCUUGAACACUUUCCACUAUGCCGGUGUGUCGGCCAAGAACGUGACACUCGGUGUGCCUCGUCUAAAAGAGUUGAUCAACAUCUCAAAGAGGCCCAAGACACCUUCACUGACUGUUUUCCUGCUGGGUCAGGCAGCGCGUGACGCAGAGAGAGCGAAGGAUAUCCUCUGUCGACUGGAGCACACAACACUACGCAAGGUGACAGCCAACACUGCCAUCUACUACGAUCCAAACCCCCAGAACACAGUGGUUGCAGAAGACCAGGAGUGGGUGAAUGUUUAUUAUGAGAUGCCGGACUUUGACGUGACACGCAUUUCACCGUGGCUGCUACGUAUCGAACUCGAUCGCAAGCACAUGACCGAUCGCAAGCUGACUAUGGAACAGAUUGCAGAGAAGAUCAAUGCAGGUUUCGGCGAUGAUCUGAACUGUAUCUUCAAUGACGACAAUGCCGAGAAGCUCGUCCUGCGCAUUAGAAUCAUGAACAGUGAUGAGAAUAAGUUCCAUGAGGAUGAGGAGGUGGUGGACAAAAUGGAUGAUGACGUGUUCUUGAGGUGCAUUGAGUCCAACAUGCUGACAGACAUGACCUUACAAGGAAUUGAGCAGAUCAGCAAGGUGUACAUGCACUUGCCACAGACUGACAACAAGAAGAAGAUAAUCAUCACAGAGGAUGGUGAAUUCAAGGCUUUGCAGGAGUGGAUCCUUGAAACGGAUGGCGUGAGUCUCAUGAGGGUCCUCAGUGAGAAGGACGUGGAUCCCGUCAGGACCACCUCAAAUGACAUUGUGGAAAUUUUUAUGGUUCUGGGAAUUGAGGCUGUGCGCAAAGCUCUGGAGAGAGAAUUGUACCAUGUCAUCUCCUUUGACGGUUCCUAUGUUAACUACCGUCAUCUGGCUCUGCUUUGCGACACCAUGACAUGCCGUGGCCAUCUGAUGGCUAUCACACGUCACGGUAUCAACCGUCAAGACACCGGACCCCUGAUGAAGUGCUCCUUUGAGGAAACAGUGGAUGUGUUGAUGGAGGCGUCAUCCCAUGGUGAAAGUGACCCCAUGAAGGGUGUGUCUGAGAAUAUCAUGCUUGGCCAACUUGCCCCGGCUGGAACAGGUUGCUUUGACUUGCUGUUGGAUGCAGAGAAGUGUAAAUUUGGAAUGGAGAUCCCAACAAACAUCCCCGGCAUCAGUGUGGCUGGACCCACUGGAAUGUUCUUUGGCUCAGCACCAAGUCCCAUGAGUGGUAUGUCUUCGCCUGCUAUGACUCCGUGGAACACAGGAGCUACUCCAGCUUAUGGUGCAUGGUCCCCAAGUGUUGGAAGCGGGAUGACUCCUGGGGCAGCAGGUUUCUCCCCCAGUGCUGCAUCAGAUGCAAGCGGCUUCUCUCCAGGCUACUCCCCAGCCUGGUCUCCCACUCCUGGGUCUCCAGGAUCUCCAGGCCCAGCCAGCCCCUACAUACCAUCGCCAGGUGGAGCCAUGUCGCCAAACUAUUCACCCACCUCCCCGGCCUACGAGCCUCGUUCUCCUGGGGGCUACACCCCUCAGAGCCCGGGCUACUCUCCAACAUCACCCUCUUACUCUCCAACAUCGCCCUCUUACUCCCCAACCAGCCCUAAUUACAGCCCCACAUCUCCCUCAUACUCUCCCACCUCACCAAGUUACUCCCCAACAUCCCCAUCGUACUCACCAACAUCUCCGUCUUACUCGCCAACAUCUCCAUCCUACUCCCCAACCUCCCCGUCAUACUCUCCGACCUCACCUUCCUACUCUCCUACUUCACCAAGUUACAGCCCCACAUCCCCAAGCUACAGCCCAACGUCACCCAGCUACUCGCCCACUUCUCCGUCUUACUCACCUACCUCCCCUUCAUAUUCUCCAACUUCUCCCUCCUACUCCCCAACCUCCCCCUCUUACUCCCCAACUUCCCCCUCUUACUCCCCAACUAGCCCGAGCUACAGCCCAACAUCGCCGAACUAUACGCCCACUUCGCCCAGUUACUCUCCUACCUCCCCGUCCUACUCCCCUACGUCGCCCUCUUACUCCCCAACAUCUCCCAACUACACCCCAACCAGUCCAAACUACUCUCCCACAUCUCCAUCUUACUCUCCUACGUCUCCCUCCUACUCGCCCUCAAGUCCACGUUACACCCCGCAGUCACCCACCUACACACCCAGCUCGCCGUCAUACAGCCCCAGUUCCCCUUCCUACUCCCCAACCUCUCCCAAAUACACCCCCACUUCCCCCUCAUACAGCCCAAGCUCCCCAGAGUAUACCCCUACUUCUCCCAAAUACUCCCCCACCUCACCAAAGUAUUCCCCUACGUCUCCAAAGUACUCGCCCACCUCACCUACCUACUCCCCAACGACUCCCAAAUACAGCCCCACCUCUCCCACAUACUCUCCCACUUCCCCAACUUACACACCAACCAGCCCCAAGUACUCCCCUACCUCCCCAACUUAUUCCCCAACCUCGCCCAAAUACUCGCCCACAUCUCCUACGUACUCACCAACUAGUCCUAAAGGCUCCACGUACAGCCCGACCUCCCCAGGAUACAGCCCCACUUCACCCACCUACAGCCCGGCCAUCAGUCCUGACGACAGCGACGAGGAGAACAACUGAUGUGCUGCAGCAGAGAAGAGCAGGCAGCUGAGGCGGCUUCACAGUAAAGCCCUCAUCUCAUGUCGGACAAUUGAAGGACAGCAUCUUGAACGAGCUGGAGGUGGUGAAGCUUCUGGUCACAACUGUGCAAAACAGUGAGAGUUGCAUAAUUUUUUUUUUUUUUUUUUGGGGGGGGGGGGGGGGUGUCACUUCCACACCACUUGACCAUCUGAGGGACUUGGCCCUUCACCCUGAGAAUAUGUAUAUAAGUAAUGUUAUUCUGUGAGAGACUUGAACUGCUUUGCCUGAAGGAGAAAAGGCUGCCUUUUCAUAAUUUACUUAAAGAAAAACAUUUUUACACAUGGGGUAUUGAAGCAUAAAUACAACCUGAAGAGGAAAAGAGAGGAGAGGAAGAUGUGGUGAGAAAGUUAUUUUCUAGUUUACUGCUUCCAGUCUCUCAAGUGUGCAGCAAUUCUGACAGCUUGCUGAAAUAUUUGUGAAUUAAAUAAUUGUAUUCCUCAGUAACAUACAUGUGAAAGAAAUAGAGCGGUAUGGUUCUGAUUUAUUUUUUAACUUGGUUAUAUAAGGAUAGAACUGUUGAUGCUUUUGUAAAAGUAAAUUUGCUUCCAGAUUCUUGAGCAUUUUGUGGAUUAAAUAGCUGCAGCUUUUCUUUCUACAAAGGAUCAGUUUAUAACUGAGAAAGUGAACAUUUUAGUUUCUCAAGCUGCAGCAGCUCUUGAGAUCGGAGGGAAAUGAGCAGCAAAAAUAAAUGAUAGGAAACUGGCUUACACUUUAAAAAGAAAGACUACUUUGAUCAUUAACUACAUCUAUGUUUAUACCCGUCACCCUCUCCUCUUUUCCCACCCCAAAGAUAAAACUGAAUGAUGUCAAUAAACACCCACCAGCAUCCUCUUGUCCUUUACCAUUUUGAAGACUUAUGCAUCAAAAGCAGCAACAACAACAAAAAAAACUUACAACAAACAAAAAAGUCUUUUAAAUUUAAAUUUAAGAAAUGGGAUGCAGUGUGGAUGAGGGAUCCUAGUUUGGCAUUACUGUUUCUGUCAUUUGCGCGACUAACACGCUAAUUGAUUUUGAUCAAGCUUUGGGUUGAACUUUUUAAAUCCCUCCCGCUGUUGCUAAUGUUCCUCCCAUUUCUGAUAGCUGAUAAGUAUGCAGGUUUUCACUUUAUUUGGACUGUUCGUUUUAUUUAAGACUCUUAAUGUUGUGUUGAAGAGUCAAAUAAGAGUUGACUUUUUUUUUUCUUCUCGCUCUCGUUUGCCUUUGACCGUGUUACUCUGUUUGCAAGAGGCUUGUACUCAUAUUGUGGAUAGAGGAGUGGGGGGGGUUGUUUUUCCUCACGCUAACACCCUCAUUUCACCCACUUUCUCCCCAAAAAAUCGUAGAUAGCUACGAUGGCUCUUGAGCAUUCUACUUUCCAAGAAUCGAAUAAAAAUAAUAAUCUUGCAUGCUGUUCAUAUUGAAGCGUGCCACCAGUUUCGGUUUAGGUGAAAAGACACAAACUCACCAGAGGGUAACUUUUGCCCUCCUGUUGGUGUCUUCAUAAACUUUUUUUUUUUUUUCUUUUCUUUAUCGAAGCAGAGAUUGGUCACACUUUUGGGUUAUUUAUUGCGAAAAACGUGCCCACAAUGUUAGCGAGAAUUUUUAUAUAUAUAAAUAUAGUUAAUACAACAGUUACUUCCAAGUGUUUCUUGGCCUAGUUUGAGUAUUUUAGGAAACUUGUCUGUACACUCGACAUAAUUCCUGAAUUUAACAGACAAGCCGGGUCUCCUCCCUUUUGAUCUGCAAGAUAUCAGUAUUUUAUCUUUUUUUUUUUUGCUCCUCUCUCUCUCUCGACCAGAUUAUCCUGAGGGGGAGGGAAUGAGGAGAUUUAAGUGGGAGUCCUGAGGAGAUAAAUUGAUUUUUAUAAUAUAAUGACCUGGAUUAUGGUUUUUGUGAACCAAAUGUACCUGUCAGUAAGGACUUGAUUUGAUACGACAGCGCC